AUGGUUCAGUUCCUCGGCAAAGAAGUUGGCCCUAUCGGCUUUGGCCUCAUGGGCCUCACCUGGCGGGCCGACCCUCCCCCACUGGAGCAGGCCCUCGCCGUCAUGAAGGCCGCCGUCGAAAACGGCCAGACGUUGUGGAACGGCGGCGAGUUCUACGGCACGCCCGAGUACAACUCCAUGACCAUCAUCAAGGCCUACUUCGAGAAAUACCCCGAGGACGCCGACAAGGUCGUCCUGCUCAUGAAGGGCGGCGUCAACACCAAGAUCCUCAAGCCCGACGGAUCACCCGAGGGCAUCCGCCGCUCGCUGGACAACAUUCUGGCGCAGCUAGGCGGUGUCAAGAAGAUUGAUGGCUUCUGCUGUGCCAGACGCGAUCCCGAGUAUCCUCUUUCGGUUACCUUUGGCGUGAUUCAAAAGGAGUACAUCGACACUGGCAAGGUUGGCGCAAUUUACUUGUCAGAGUGCGGAGUUCACACCAUCCAAGAAGCUACCAAGGUGGCCGACAUUGCUGCUGCUGAAGUCGAACUCAGCAUGUUUACGCCUGACAUACUAAGAAACGGAAUCGCCGCUGCUCUGAAGGAGCGCAACAUUCCCAUCAUUGCAUACUCGCCUCUUGGCAGGGGUCUCCUCACCGGCCAGUACAAAACCCUGCAAGACGUCAAGAAGCUCGGCUUCGUCUCGACCUACCCCCGCUUCCAACCAGCCCAGCUCGAGCACAACCUUGAGCUCGUCGAGAAAGUCGAGCAGUUUGCCCGCGAAAAGGGCUGCACCCCCGGCCAGCUCGCCAUCAACUGGGUGCGCAGCAUGAGUUCGGAUCCGAAGCUGCCUCUCGUUGUGCCGAUCCCUGGCUCUGCUACUGUAGAGCGUGUUGAGGAGAAUGCAAAGCUGGUGGAGUUGACCAAGGAGGAGCUGGAUACGCUGAAUGGCUUGGUGAACAGCUUCGAGACUGCGGGUGGUAGAUACCCGCCGCAGGCGCCGAUCAACACAUAG